AUGGGCGGAGAAUCGAUAAAAAAUGAUGGAAACAAAACGCCAGAAGAGAGCAGCGGUCAGUCAUUUACUGAACCUACUGAACCAAUGUUGCCGACACCAAGCGAAAGAACGGCAUGGACCUCAAUCUAUGUGGCUGGUGCCUGUGCAUUUAUUCAAGCUACACAGUUUGCAAUUUUCUUCGCUAGCAUGUGGCCAUAUAUCCUGACGCUUAAACCCGACGUGAAACAAGGAAGUUUCGGAGUUGUGGUUGCUUUAUACAGUGUAUCACAAUGCAUAUGUUCCGUGGGAUUUGGAUGGUGGAGUAAUAAGCUAGGACAAGUCAGACUUCCCCUCUUAGUUGGAUUCGUGAUUAUGGCUUUUGGAAACUUGACAUACUUAAGUCUCCAAUAUUGGUCCGAUCACCACUUGUAUGUAAUGAUGGUUGCCAGAUUUGUGGCUGGCGGAGGAACAGGAAACAUGAGCUUGCUGAGAGCCUAUGCUGCUACAGCAUCCACACUAAAGGAUAGAUCACGAGCCAUUGCUUUUGUAUCUGGAGGAAUAGCACUUGGAACAAUGAUUGGACCUGGUCUUCAACUAUUGUUUGCUCCAUUAGGAGCUGAUGGAAUCACUAUUCUCGGCCUUACGAUCAGUAUCUACACAUCGCCCGCUUUGUUCUGUUUGAUGCUCAACGGACUUGGUCUACUCAUAGUUCAGUUUGCAUUCGAGGAGAAGUAUAUUAUUAAACAUGAAAAAGAGAGCAAGGAAGAUUUUGAGAAGGGAGAACAGAAGCCCAAGAAACUAGCAAGUCCUGAUUUGAUUGCCAUUUUAUUAUGUGUCUUUACGCGAUUCCUUCAAAUCUUUUUGAAUACCACUACAGAAAGUAUCGGAUCUGCAUUUCUCAUGAUGAUGUUCUCAUAUGAAAAAGAAGAAGCCGUUACUAUAAAUGCUGGAAUUCAUACAAUUGCUGGAACUAUCGCGGCCACAAUGUUCAUCUGCUUUAUAUUCACGAAAAUUCGAGAGUACGUCAGAAUCCGUGUUUGCACCUUGAUAUCAUUGAUUAUCCCUCUAAUUUGGUUGAUUGCCACUUAUCCAUACAGUUUCUACAGUGAGUAUGUGAAAAUACAGGCGAACGGAAGCAACGCUGACUGUGAUCUGAAUAAGUAUAGUUGGUGUGCCGAUCAGCCCACUGUUCCGAAAUACGUCUACAUCAUUGGUUACGUUUUGGUGUUUGGAGUAGCCUACACUAUCAUUAAUAUUACUGUCACUACACUGUAUUCGAAAGUUGUUGGACCACGACCACAGGGAACGUAUCAAGGAGUGUACCAAACCGCUGGGUCGUUUGGUCGUAUGCUUGCACCACUUCUCAUGAGCUACACCUAUACGGUAUUUGGGCCAUCAGUUCCAUGGUUGAUUUUAAUUAUAUCAUACAUCCUUCUGAUUGCUUUGUGGAUAGUUCUUCGUGAACGAAUGGUGCCGUUCGAUAAAUAUGAAGCCAAAAAAAUCAAGCCUUCUAAUUGA